GCCGUGGCAGCGGAACGUUCUCUCUCCGGGGCUGCACUUAAUAACUUUGGAACUGUCCACCAGUGCCACGUCCUGAACAUGAGCCUCCUCCUCUCCUUCUACCUGCUCGGGUUGCUUGUCAGUAGCGGGCAAGCUCUUCUUCAAGUGACAAUUUCACUUAGCAAAGUAGAGCUUAGUGUGGGCGAAUCUAAAUUCUUCACAUGUACAGCAAUUGGUGAACCUGAGAGUAUAGAUUGGUAUAAUCCUCAAGGAGAGAAGAUCAUUUCAACACAGAGGGUAGUGGUGCAGAAGGAAGGUGUUAGGUCACGAUUAACCAUCUACAACGCAAAUAUAGAAGAUGCAGGGAUAUAUCGUUGUCAAGCAACAGAUGCCAAAGGACAGACACAAGAAGCCACAGUUGUUUUGGAAAUUUACCAAAAACUCACCUUCAGAGAAGUGGUGUCUCCUCAAGAAUUCAAACAAGGAGAGAAUGCAGAAGUGGUUUGCCGAGUUAGCAGUUCACCCGCACCUGUUGUCAGCUGGUUGUAUCAUAACGAGGAAGUCACCGCUAUUUCCGACAAUCGGUUCGCUAUGUUAGCCAACAAUAAUCUGCAGAUUCUCAACAUCAAUAAAAGUGAUGAAGGUAUAUACAGGUGUGAAGGAAGAGUGGAGGCUAGGGGAGAAAUUGACUUCCGUGAUAUCAUUGUUAUUGUUAAUGUGCCGCCUGCAAUCACAAUGUCUCAGAAAUCCUUUAAUGCCACAGCAGAGAGAGGAGAAGAGAUGACAUUAUCCUGUAGGGCUUCUGGCUCUCCUGAGCCCACCAUCUCCUGGUAUAGGAAUGGAAAGUUCAUUGAAGAAAAUGAAAAGUACAUAUUGAAAGCAAGCAAUACAGAACUCACUGUCAGAAACAUUAUCAAUAGUGAUGGAGGCCCUUAUGUCUGCAGGGCCACAAAUAAGGCAGGAGAAGAUGAAAAACAGGCAUUCCUCCAAGUCUUUGUACAGCCUCACAUAAUACAGCUUAAAAAUGAGACCACGCAUGAGAAUGGUCAAGUCACACUCGUAUGUGAAGCGGAAGGGGAACCUAUUCCAGAAAUCACUUGGAAAAGAGCAGUGGAUGGCAUCACGUUUUCCGAAGGAGAUAAGAGCCCAGAUGGCCGUAUCGAAGUCAAAGGGCAGCAUGGAAGCUCGUCACUGCACAUUACAGAUGUGAAGUUGUCAGAUUCAGGGAGAUAUGACUGUGAAGCUGCAAGUCGAAUUGGAGGGCACCAAAAGAGCAUGUACCUUGAUAUUGAAUAUGCUCCCAAGUUCAUAUCAAACCAAACAAUUUAUUACUCUUGGGAAGGAAAUCCAAUCAACAUAAGCUGUGAUGUGAACUCUAAUCCACCAGCGUCAGUCCAUUGGAGAAGAGAGAAAUUAGUCUUGCCAGCCAAAAACACCACUAAUUUAAAGACAUAUAGUGCAGGGAGAAAGAUGAUAUUAGAGAUUGCACCUACAUCUGACAAUGACUUUGGACGAUAUAAUUGCACAGCCACUAACCGUAUAGGAACAAGAUUUCAAGAAUAUAUUCUUGCUUUGGCUGAUGUGCCAUCCAGUCCCUAUGGAGUGAAGAUUAUAGAGCUGUCACAGACCACAGCCAAGAUUUCUUUCAACAAGCCGGACUCCCAUGGGGGUGUGCCUAUCCAUCACUAUCAAGUGGAUGUCAAAGAAGUGGCAUCAGAAACCUGGAAAAUAGUACGCUCCCAUGGAGUUCAAACAAUGGUUGUUUUGAGCAACCUGGAACCAAAUACAACUUAUGAAAUCAGGGUUGCAGCUGUAAAUGGAAAAGGGCAAGGAGACUACAGUAAAAUCGAAAUCUUCCAAACAUUACCAGUUCGUGAACCGAGUCCUCCAUCCAUACAUGGGCAGCCAAGCAGUGGGAAGAGCUUUAAACUCAGUAUUACCAAACAGGAUGAUGGAGGGGCCCCUAUUUUGGAAUAUAUUGUGAAAUAUAGAAGUAAAGAUAAAGAAGACCAGUGGCUAGAGAAAAAAGUACAGGGAAAUAAAGACCACAUUAUUUUGGAGCAUCUACAGUGGACAAUGGGAUAUGAAGUUCAAAUUACAGCUGCCAACAGAUUGGGAUAUUCAGAACCAACAGUUUAUGAGUUCAGCAUGCCACCAAAGCCCAACAUUAUUAAAGAUAAAUGCUGUGAAGCGAAUAAAGGCGAGAAUGGAAGCCAGUCAUGGCAGCUGAAUGCUGCUGGGUUUUCUUUCAUUAUAGCCAUAAGCUUGUCUUGCAUGUUUUAAUGUUGUUAUAUCAUGUGAUAUUUCCUUUUAUGUCUUGCAAAUUUACAAAUCUAAUCAAAAAUUAUAAUAAAAGAUUUUCUAAGGUCCAACUAAUUAUGCAUGUAUCUUCACCCAUGAAUAAUUAGCCUUUUUACCCUUUCCCCAAACUGUCAAACUCUAAAGUCAAUAAUUUGUCAGGAAAUCACUGAAGGAAAUUGAAUCAGGGUUGUUUCUUCCAGGUACCAGUUCACUGCAUAACAUGCUUCAUUCUAAAGUUUCCUUUAAUUUCUAAAGUUGACCUCGUAAAAUAUCAUGUCAUUUUCUUUUGGAACUUAAGCAUUUGCUACAUCUAAUCUUCUUUCAUUUGAUUACUUGGCAAAUAUAACUCAA